AUGGGGAUAUCUCGUCAGCGUAUUUUGGAUUUUGUCCAAACGCUUCGCCCGUCCUUCUUGUCUAGGAAUCCGCACUUCAACUUUAUUACCGUCCAUUAUUUCUGGAUUAUCGGAUUGACUAUUCUUGGAUCAAUCUUGAUUUUUGCAUCUGCUCAAGGUAAAUUGGCAUACAUUGAUGCCCUCUUCUUUGCUAGCGGUGCAAACACGCAAGCAGGGCUGAAUACUAUUGAUGCCAACUUGCUCAACACUUUUCAGCAACUGGUGAUUUACUUCCUCAGUAUGAUGUCUAAUCCAAUUAGCAUUCACUCCUCUGUUGUCUUCUUGCGUCUCUAUUGGUUCGAGAAGAGAUUCCAGCAUAUUGCAAGAGAAGCCCGGACGCGACGGGUUUCUAUGUCCAAAUCACGGUCAAAAGCGAAAGCCAAUCCUGUGGAUCUAGAGAAGGGCGUCAAUGGCCGGAACAUCACUGUGAUGCACAAUACCGCCAAGGCAUCUCGGAUGACUAAUGAUGGCAUCGUACUAGAUAACUACACCAUCGAGGGGGCUACAGACCAUGAGCCGUUUGCGAAUGGGAAUCAUAUGAAGGAGGAAGCUGAUCCCAAAGAUCAGGACCAAUCUUUUCAGCGGCUUCCUACACCUCAAAUUAAAUUUUCAGACCUGGUCAAGAGGAGUGAUGCCAUUGAUUCGGAUGACGAAGAAAUCCCGCUGCCUUCUAAGCGGACCGAUGCGGAACAUAUUGCUAUCGUGGAAAGGCAGCGCAAGAUCGAUAAGGGUGCGCUCCGAAUUCCCGGGCCGCGUGAUGCCGAUAGAGGUGCGCUACCGGAAGAAGUAGACGAAGAGGGGCCUGAAGGUCCUGGUCUUUCGGGUCGUAGACGAAGGGAAUCAAGCGUCGAAGGUCCCCGCCGACCAACAUCGCCCUUUCACCCUGCAAGUCGUCCAGAUCGCCAACCAACAAUUACCAUCGAAGAGCCGAUAAAGCCACACAGGGAUGAGCACGAUUUUCCGGAGGAGAUAGCAGAGGAUGUUGAGGCAGCUGCUCACACGACUGGUGCUUCGAAACCCCGGAUGCCUAGGAAAGAUGGGGAAAAAAUAGAUCACACUGAGACUACCGCGUCGACUGCUCGGAGCAACCCCCUACACCGUAUCAAGUCCGUCCUAACUCAGAGUAAGGAUGAGGAUCCUAUGCCAUAUCUGAGUUGGCAGCCGACUCUAGGUCGAAAUUCUGCCUUCCUGGGACUCACCGAAGAGCAGAGAGAGGAGCUAGGUGGCAUCGAAUAUCGAUCUCUAAAAACACUUGCCCUUGUCCUCACCAUUUACUUCUUUGGUUACACCAUCUUCGGCAUGGUCACUCUGGUUCCGUGGAUAGUCCACAACGACUACUACGGCAAGGUCGUUGACGAGGCCGGCCAGAACAGGGUAUGGUGGGGCUUUUUCAUGGCGAAUUCUGCGUUCAUGGAUCUUGGCUUGACGCUUACUCCCGACAGCAUGAUCUCAUUUAAUACGGCCAUAUUUCCGCUCCUCAUAAUGUCAUUCUUGAUUAUACUCGGAAACACUGGAUUCCCUAUCAUGCUUCGUUUCAUGAUCUGGCUGGCUUCUCUUUUUGUACCCCGCGGGUCUGGUCUCUGGGAAGAGCUGAGGUUUCUCUUAGACCACCCGCGACGGUGUUUUACCCUCUUGUUUCCGUCAAAUGCUACCUGGUGGCUAUUCUUUAUCCUGGUCGCUCUUAACGGGAUAGACUUGAUUCUGUUCAUCAUCCUCGACCUACACGGUGAAGCGGUCGCCGGACUGCCGCUAAAUGUCCGCUUUCUUGAUGGAUGGUUCCAAGCCACAGCUACUAGAACUGCGGGAUUCUCCUGUGUGACUCUGUCUGCUCUUCACCCAGCUGUCCAAACGUCAUACCUCAUCAUGAUGUAUAUUUCCGUCUUCCCCGUCGCUAUCUCAAUUCGUAGGACGAACGUUUACGAGGAGAAGUCUCUUGGAGUCUACAGUGAAGGCUAUGAUGACGACGACAUCGCUGGCAAGAGCAACAUAUCAUAUGUCGGAACCCAUUUACGUCGCCAACUCUCUUUCGAUCUGUGGUACAUAUUCGUCGGCUUUUUUAUUCUCACUAUUACCGAAGGCCCAAAGCUUAUGACUGGAGAUUUCUCCAUGUUUGCUGUACUCUUUGAGAUUGUGAGCGCUUACGGCACUGUUGGACUCAGCUUGGGAUACCCCGGUGUCAACGCCUCAUUAUGCUCGCAGUUCACUAUCCUGGGGAAGCUCAUCGUAAUCGCUAUGCAGAUUCGUGGCCGCCAUCGUGGUUUACCAUACGGACUUGACCGGGCCGUUCUUCUACCUAGCGAAUACCUUAACCGUACGGAGGCCGAAGAAACUGAAUUAAGGCUUCAACGUCGUCAUUCGGCAAUGUCGGUUGGGCAGCUCUCUCACCACCGGCCUUCGAGUCCGAAGCGAGGCCGUAGCCGCAGCGUAGAUAAGAGACACCUUCUCACGAGUCUCUUACAUCCCGGCCCGACUUACCAGUCUCAUCAUUCAUCGGGGAGAUUGGAUAGCUCAGUUGGAUUUAACACGACGGAGACAUUAAGGAAGCAUAUCACGGACCCAGGGAAGGGCGAAAAUGGCGAUGCGCACGAACCGAUUCCGAGACGUAGAAAGAGAGCUGAUACACAGCCAACCUUUGAUCAUUAG